AUGUACAAGUGUAUGUUAAUGCGCGCGCAUGAGAAUCUUGGAACUCACCCUUCUGCCGGAAAUGCCCUGAACCAAGGGAGCAACCGCAAUCUAUGGCAUCGACUUGUAUCUGAAAACCAAGUGGCUAACCAGGGUGAUGCAACAUAUAGAGCCAAGGGACGACCACAUUACUAUGCCUCGAAACGGGAAGAAUAUGCGCAAAUCAAAUUCGAUCUAGACGCAGAUUUAACCUCCCUCUUUAACUAUAACACAAAACAAGUCUUCGUCUACGUCGUAGCCUCAUACCCAUCCGCCUCCAACCAAUCCCUAACUACCGAAUCUGUUAUAUGGGAUAAGAUAAUCCCGGCUUCCGUAUCACCGUAUUCGCUCGCAUCCUUGAGGUCCAAGUUUUUCCCAGACCCCAAGGCAGCUAAAACGAAACGAAAGGCGUCGAAGAACAAGAAUAAGUCAAAAGAAAAUGAAAAGAACGCCGUACCUGGAAAAAUAAAGCUUCGAAACCAGAAACCAAAAUACCAGAUUACUGAUAUCUCAGGUUCCAUAGCUGAGAGGGAAGGGGCAAGGUUGAUUGUUGGAUGGAACGUUCAGCCCUGGAUCGGUGCACUGCAGUGGAGCUCGAAUACGAAUAUUGAGAAGAACAUUGGUGGCAUUUUUGGAAAUCUGUUCCUUCAGAAUGCUGGUCCUAAGGGGUCAUUAAGUGGGAGGAGCGAGCCUUUCAAUUUCCCCCCUCUGAAGAAGCCAAAGCCAACCAGCCCUUAA